AUGGGAGGGGAAGGAAGGGAAAUAGCGAAAGCAAGAGCAGAAGCACUGCGCAGGGAAAAAGAGGAGAAAGCUGCUCAACUCAGAGAAGAACAAUGCAGAGAACGAGCAGAACGACUUCGAAAAGAGCGAGAGGAAAAACAGUUAAGAGCGAAACGAAGGCGCAAUGAGAGAGAGAUGCAAGAAAAACAAAAAGCCGAGGCGCUUAAAAAGAAGGAAGAGCUGGAGGAACGUAAACGUGAAGAAUUUCUGCUACACAAAAGUCCUGCACGAAGUAAUGCCAUAUCGCGUGUUUGUAGUCCAUCAAGAGUGCCAAAAAUGGUUGGAAACAAUCAACCGCGAUCGUCUAAGGCUCUGUUCGUAUCCACACCUGGUCGUGUUCCGUCAAAAAUAGCCCGAAUGCAGGAGGCUGGAGGAGACACUUCGCGAGAGCCAACCAUGAAUACGCCAUCGCGCGAAAACCGACGAAAGCCGUAUCCAAGCAGAAUGGCUCACAUGAAUAGUGAAGAUUCCAGCGGCAAAUGUGUGGUAUGAGA